AGGACCAACUGCCUUGCACAUUGUAAAUCGGAUAAUUUAAUCCAUCACUGUCCUGACAGAAGCGGCUUCUUCGCAAGUACAUCCGAAAAGUCGCCAGUCUACUUUUUAAACUCCUCCAAGUUUGAACUUUUCUCCGCGAGAGCGCGCUUGCCAUCAACCUGCUAAAGUUUUUUGCGCUGCCGAGCACACAAUUCAACACCUUGGUGUAACCGCGGUAUAAAAGUGGACACGGAAAACACCAUCAUGAUGAGCAAUAACUACCCCGACGACCAGCUGCCUCCACAGUACUAUCAGGCCACUGACUUUGGAGAAGAGGAGGACGACGAGAUGCCCGCCACGGAAAAGGACCUCGCCGAGGACGCGCCAUGGAAGAAGAUCCAGCAGAACACCUUCACCAGGUGGUGCAACGAGCACCUCAAGUGCGUCAACAAGAACAUCACCGACCUGCAGCGGGAUUUUAGUGAUGGGCUGAAGCUCAUUUCACUCCUGGAAGUGCUGAGCCAGAAGAAAAUGUACAGAAAGCACCACACCAGACCGAACUUCCGACAGAUGAAACUGGAAAAUGUUUCUGUGGCUCUGGAGUUCCUGGACAGAGAGCAUAUCAAACUGGUCUCAAUAGAUAGUAAAGCCAUUGUUGAUGGGAACCUGAAGCUCAUCCUGGGUCUCAUCUGGACUCUCAUCCUUCACUACUCCAUCUCCAUGCCCAUGUGGGAGGAUGAGGAUGAUGAGGAGGCCAAGAAACUGACCCCCAAACAGCGCUUGUUGGGCUGGAUACAGAACAAGGUGCCCCAGCUGCCCAUCAACAACUUCAACCGGGACUGGAGGGAUGGCAAAGCUCUGGGAGCCCUCGUCGACAACUGUGCCCCAGGUUUGUGUCCUGACUGGGCGGAGUGGGACCCAAAUCAGCCUGUGCAGAAUGCCAGAGAGGCCAUGCAACAGGCUGACGACUGGUUGGGGGUGCCUCAGGUGAUUGCUCCUGAGGAGAUUGUGGACCCAGAUGUGGAUGAACACUCAGUGAUGACGUACCUGUCUCAGUUCCCCAAGGCAAAACUUAAGCCUGGAGCUCCUCUCAAGCCCAAACAGCUUUUCCCACACAAAGCCAAAGCCUAUGGGCCUGGUAUCGAGCCUCACGGGAACAUGGUACUGAAGCCAGCUGUGUUCACUGUGGAGACUUUGGAAGCAGGAAGUGGUGAAGUCCUGGUCUAUGUGGAGGAUCCUGAGGGACACAAAGAGGAGGCAAAGGUUAAGCCCAACAAGGACAAAAACAGAACCUACACUGUGACCUAUGUGCCUAAAGUCGAGGGGGUCCACAAGGUGAAAGUGCUGUUUGCUGGUCAGGACAUUGACAAGAGCCCCUACACCGUCAAUGUGGCAAAGUCUAUGGGCGAUCCCAGCAAGGUCCAUGCCAGAGGACCAGGUCUGGAGGCUACAGGCAACGUGGCUAACAAACCAACCUACUUUGACAUCUACACCGCUGGUGCUGGCAAUGGUGACGUGAGCGUGGUAAUCGUCGAUCCUCAGGGAAAAAAGGACACAGUAGAGCUCAUCCUUGAGAACAAGGGUGACAGUGUUUUCCGUUGCACCUACCGUCCCCUGAUGGAGGGGCCCCACACCAUCCACAUACUGUUUGCAGGCCAGGAGAUCCCCAAGAGUCCUUAUACUGUCAAUAUCGCAGAAGCUCCACCUGUUGCUCCUCCCAUGGGAGCCCCAGUGCAGAUAGUCCCUCAGUCAGUGCGUGCCCCUCCUGGAGCGAAAGGCUUGAAGGGGGCUCAGCCCCCUAAACCUGGCCGCCCAACCAUAAACCCCAAUGCCUGCAGAGCUACAGGCAGAGGCCUUCAGCCUAAAGGAGUGAGAGUAAAGGAGGUGGCUGACUUCAAAGUUUUCACCAAGGGAGCUGGCAGUGGAGAACUCAAAGUCUCAGUCAAAGGGCCAAGUGGAGCAGAGGAACCAGUGAAAGUGCGCGAUGCAGGAGAUGGUGUGUAUGAGUGUGAAUAUCACCCCCUUAAGCCUGGUAAAUACACCAUCAGCAUCACCUGGGGAGGUCAGCCCAUCCCACGCAGCCCCUUUGAGGUGGAAGUGAGUGAGGAGGCAGGGUUUCAGAAAGUAAGGGCUUGGGGUCCUGGUCUGGAGACUGGCAUGGUUGGCAAAUCUGCUGACUUUGUGGUAGAGGCCAUCGGCACCGAAGUUGGAACUCUGGGCUUCUCCAUUGAGGGUCCAUCUCAGGCUAAAAUAGAGUGUGAUGACAAGGGUGAUGGUUCCUGCGAUGUACGCUAUUGGCCCACUGAGCCUGGUGACUAUGCUGUCCAUGUCAUCUGUGAUGAUGAGGACAUUAAGGACAGCCCCUUCAUGGCUCACAUCCUCCCCGCAGCCAAUGAUGUCUUCCCUGAGAAGGUGAAAGCCUAUGGUCCAGGCCUGGAGCCUACUGGCGUUAUUGUUAAUAAACCAACUGAGUUCACCAUUGAUGCCCGCUUGGCUGGGAAGGGUCACCUCAAGAUCUAUGCACAGGAUGCAGAGGGCUGCACCAUCGACAUCAAGAUCACUAACAAAGGAGACGGCACCUUCCUGUGUGUGUACACUCCCGUCAAGCCCAUCAAACACACCAUCAUUAUUACCUGGGGAGAGGUUAACGUGCCCAACAGCCCCUUCAGGGUGUUGGUUGGAGAGGGCUGUCAUCCAGAGAAAGUCAAGGUCUAUGGGCCUGGAGUGGAGAAGACAGGCCUCAAGGCCAAUGAGCCAACCUAUUUCACUGUGGAUUGCAGCGAGGCAGGCCAAGGUGACAUCAGCAUUGGAAUCAAGUGUGCCCCAGGGGUCAUCGGCCCUGCUGAGGCAGACAUCGACUUUGACAUCAUCAAGAAUGACAAUGACACCUUCACUGUCAAGUACACUCCUCCUGCUGCAGGCCGCUACACCAUCAUGGUGCUGUUUGCUGACCAGGAAAUUCCCAUCAGUCCAUUCAAAGUCAAGGUGGAUCCUUCUCAUGAUGCUGGCAAGGUGAGGGCCGAAGGUCCCGGGCUCAACAAGACAGGAGUGGAGGUGGGCACUCCAACCCACUUUACCAUCUACACCAAGGGAGCAGGCAAAGCCAAGCCUGAGGUACAUUUCACACCAUCCGGCCCUGGAGAGGCUGUUCGUGACUUUGAGAUUAUCGACAACCACGAUUACUCCUACACUGUAAAGUACACCGCUCUUCAACAGGGUAACAUGGCAAUCUCAGUAACUCAUGGAGGAGAUCCCAUUCCCAAGAGCCCCUUCAACAUUACAGUGGCUCCUGCUCUUAGUCUUGACAAGGUCAAAGUGGAGGGAUUGGACACCAAGGUGGAGGUAGGAAAGGACCAGGAGUUCACAGUUAACACCCAGGGUGCUGGUGGGCAGGGCAACGUAGGUGUGAAGAUGACCUCACCUUCUGGCCGACAGAUCCCAUGCAAGCUGGAAUCAGACAAAGGCAAAGGCAUUCACAGUGUAAAAUAUAUUCCCCCAGAGGAGGGACAGUACAAGGUUGAUGUCAGCUAUGAUGGCAAUCCAGUGAUGGGAAGCCCCUUUGGUUUAGAGGGGGUGAUGCCCGCCGAUCCGUCAAAGGUUAGAGCUUUUGGCCCAGGUCUUCAAGGAGGCAUAGUGGGCAAACCAGCUCCAUUCACUAUUGACACCAAAGGAGCUGGUGCAGGUGGGCUGGGGUUGACUGUGGAGGGUCCUUGCGAGGCUAAGAUUGAGUGCCAGGACAAUGGUGAUGGCACAUGCUCAGUAGCCUACCUGCCCACUGAGCCUGGGGACUAUAACAUCAACAUCCUGUUUGCCGAUCAGCACAUCCCUGGUUCUCCUUUCAAGGCAGCAGUCCGGCCAGCGUUUGACCCCAGCAAGGUGACGGCCAGUGGGCCAGGUCUGGAGAGGGCCAAGGCUGGGGAGCCAGCAACAUUCACUGUGGACUGCACCAGGGCAGGGGAUGCUGAGCUCACCAUUGAGAUUGUGUCAGAGACCGGGGCUAAGGCUGAGGUGCACAUCCAGAAAACUGCAGAGGGCACCUUCUCUGUAACCUACAUCCCACCCUUUCAGGGCACACACACCAUCACCAUCAAGUAUGGUGGACAUGUUAUUCCACAGUUCCCCAAAGUCAUCCAGGUGGAGCCUGCUGUGGACACCAGUGGGGUGAAGGUCUAUGGACCAGGGGUGGAGCCCAGAGGGGUCCUUAGAGAGGUUACAACCCACUUCAUCGUGGAUGCCCGUGUCCACAGCAAGACCGGUGGAAAUCAUGUGAAGAUCCGCAUUAUCAACCCCUCUGGCACCAACACAGACACCCACAUCACUGACAAGGGAGAUGGUACCUACAGAGUGGAGUACACUGCAUUUGAGGAUGGUAUGCAUCUGAUUGAGGUGCUGUAUGAUGACGUGCCAGUGCCUAAGAGUCCCUUCAGAGUGUCAGUGGUGGAGGGAUGUGACCCGACCCGUGUCCGUGCAUAUGGACCAGGUCUGGAGGGAGGAAUCACCAACAAGCCUAACCACUUCACUGUGGAGACCAGGGGUGCUGGAACAGGAGGUCUGGGCCUGACCAUUGAGGGUGCCUCAGAAGCCAAAAUGUCCUGCAAAGACAACAAAGAUGGCAGCUGCAGUGUGGAGUACGUCCCCUUCACCCCUGGGGACUACGACGUCAACAUCAACUAUGGAGGUCACCCCAUCCCUGGCAGUCCAUUCCGUGUCCCAGUGAGGGAUCCCGUGGAUCCCAGCAAGGUGAAGUGCUCUGGUCCCGGCCUUGGCAAAGGAGUGAGAGCCCACAUCCCCCAAACCUUUACGGUUGACUGCACCCAGGCUGGACAGGCUCCUCUGGAUGUCAAACUCUAUGGACCAUCAGGUGCUGUAGAGCCAGUUGGUGUUAAAAACAAUGGUGAUGGAACCCACACAGUUCACUAUACCCCGGGCCAGGACGGUCCGUACACUGUAGCUGUCAAAUACGCAGAUCAGGAAAUCCCACACAGUCCAUUCAAGGUAAUGUCACUGCCUGGGCAUGAUGCCAGUAAGGUGCGUGCCAGUGGCCCUGGUCUAGACACCAAAGGUGUGCCUGCCAGCCUGCCAGUUGAGUUCACCAUUGAUGCCCGUGACGCCGGAGAGGGACUGCUUACUGUGCAGAUUCUGGAUCCAGAGGGCAAGCCCAAGAAGGCCACCAUCCAGGACAACAGGGAUGGCACCUACACUGUGUCUUAUGUGCCAGACUCUACAGGCCCUUACACCAUCACCAUUAAAUAUGGAGGAGAUGAGAUUCCCUAUUCUCCAUACCGCAUCCAGUCCCUGCCCACAGGAGAUGCCAGCAAAUGUCUACUCACAGUGUCAAUUGGAGGCCACGGCGUGUCAAGUCUCCAGAAGCUGCAGACCUCUGAGGAUACAGUCAUUACUGUGGAUGCCAAGGCUGCUGGGAAGGGCAAGGUGACUUGCAAGGUGCUGACUCCAGAAGGGGUGGAGCUGGACAUGGACGUUGUUGAGAAUCACGAUGGGACCUUUGACAUUUACUACACAGCACCUGAGCCUGGGAAAUAUGUUAUCACCAUCCGAUUUGGAGGACAGAACAUCCCCAAGAGUCCCUUCAAUGUGGUGGCCACAAAGGAGCCAGUCGCUCCUCGCGAUAGUGUGGAUCCUCUCUUCCGCCCCCUGAACCUGGUCGUCCCCUUCACCCCACAGCAAGGAGAAAUCACAGGUGAGGUGCGAAUGCCUUCAGGCAAAACUGCCUGCCCCCAUAUCACUGACAACAAGGAUGGCACCAUCACGGUCAAGUACCAGCCCACAGAGAGAGGCCUGCAUGAGAUGGACAUCAAAUAUGAUGGCAACCACAUCCCAGGAAGCCCUCUGCAGUUCUUUGUGGAUGCCAUGAACAGCGGAGUUGUGACUGCUUAUGGUCCAGGUCUGAGUUACGGCAUGGUCAACAAGGCUGCCACUUUCACUGUGGUCACCAAGAACGCAGGGGAAGGUGGUCUCUCACUGGCAGUGGAGGGUCCCUCCAAGGCAGAGAUCACCUGCAAGGACAACAAAGAUGGUACCUGCACUGUGUCCUACCUGCCCACUGCUCCCGGAGACUACAACAUCAUCGUAAAGUUCGACAACAAGCACAUUCCUGGCAGUCCUUUCACUGCUAAGAUCACUGGGGAUGACUCCAUAACCAGGACGUCCCAGUUGAACGUGGGUACAGCGGCUGACGUCUCCCUGAAGAUUGCAGAGACUGAUCUGAGUUCCCUGACUGCCAGUAUCAGAGCACCAUCAGGCAACGAGGAACCCUGCCUGCUCAAGAGGCUGCCCAACAGACACCUCGGUAUCUCUUUCACUCCUAAGGAAGUCGGUGAGCAUGAGGUGAGCGUGAGGAAGAACGGUGUGCAUGUGGCCAACAGCCCUUUCAAGAUCAUGGUUGGCCAAUCAGAGAUCGGCGAGGCCAGCAGAGUGAAGGCUUUCGGAAAAGGCCUGGUGGAGGCACACACGUUUGAAAUGGCUGAGUUCUUUGUAGAUACCAGGAAUGCGGGUUAUGGAGGUCUAGCAUUGUCAAUUGAGGGUCCGAGUAAAGUGGAUAUCAACUGUGAGGAUGUUGAGGAUGGGACGUGCAGAGUGACUUACUGUCCAACAGAGCCUGGAAACUACACUGUCAACAUCAAGUUUGCUGAAAAGCACAUCCCAGGAAGUCCUUUCACAGUGAAGGUGACCGGAGAAGGAAGGAUCAAAGAAAGCAUUACCAGGAAGAGGCAGGCAUCUUCCAUUGCCUCAGUGGGCAGCACAUGUGGCCUUAACCUCAAGAUCCCAGGAAAUUGGUUCCAGAUGGUUUCGGCUCAGGAGAGGCUGACCAGGACAUUCACCCGCAGCAGCCACACAUACACCCGCACAGAGCGCACAGAGAUCAGCAAAACCCGCGGAGGAGAGACCAAGAGGGAGGUACGAGUGGAGGAGAGCACCCAGGUGGGAGGUGGAGGAAGCCCCUUCAGAGAUGUGUUUGGAGAUUUCUUGGGUAGAGAGAGCCUCAGCAGCUUCGCUGGCAUCACUCCCAGGCCUGAGGUUGAGGGUGGCUCUCAGACCAUGACAGCCCAGGUGACGAGCCCCAGUGGGAAGACAAUGGACGCUGAUAUUGUGGAUGGAGGGAACAGCACCUACAGCGUGCGCUUUAUCCCCCAGGAGAUGGGUCCUCACACUGUCAACGUCAAGUACAGAGGGCAGCACGUCCCUGGAAGCCCGUUCCAGUUCACAGUGGGGCCCAUGGGAGAGGGAGGAGCACAUAAGGUCCGUGCAGGAGGCACUGGCCUGGAGAGGGGAGUGGCUGGAGCACCUACUGAGUUUAGUAUCUGGACUAGAGAGGCUGGUGCUGGCGGGCUGUCCAUUGCUGUAGAAGGGCCCAGCAAGGCUGAAAUCUCCUUUGAGGACCGGAGGGAUGGAUCUUGCGGAGUCUCCUACAUAGUGAAAGAGCCAGGUGACUAUGAGGUGUCAAUCAAGUUCAACAACGAGCACAUCCCUGACAGCCCAUUCAUUGUUCCAAUUGCUACACUGUCAGAUGAGGCCCGCAGGCUCACUGUCACAAGCCUUCAGGAGAAGGAUUUGAGGGUAAAUCAGGAAGCAUCCUUCAUGGUUCAGCGCAAUGGGGCUCGUGGUGUGGUCGACGCCAAGGUUCACACCCCCUCUGGCUCUUCUGAGGAGUGCUACGUCACCGAGCUUGACAGCGACAAGAGCGCAAUCCGCUUCAUCCCACGGGAGAACGGCAUUCACUCCAUAGACGUCAAGUUCAAUGGGUGCCACAUUCCUGGCAGCCCCUUUAAUGUGCGAGUGGGAGAGCCAGGGCAGAUCGGUGACCCAGGCAUGGUGACCGCACAUGGCCCCGGGCUACAGGGAGGAACCACAGGUGUACCCUCAGAGUUUGUGGUCAACACUUGUAAUGCAGGCUCAGGGGCUCUGUCAGUCAACAUCGAUGGACCAUCCAAAGUCAAGAUGGACUGUCAGGAGUGUCCCGAGGGCUACAAGGUCACCUAUACACCCAUGGCACCUGGCAACUAUCUCAUCACUAUCAAAUACGGCGGGCCACAGCACAUUGUGGGCAGCCCUUUCAAAGCCAGAAUCACAGGUGCUCGGCUGUCAGGAGGACACAGCCUCCAUGAGACUUCCUCUGUCCUGGUGGAAACGGUUACCAAGACCUCCAAGGUGGGCGGGGCCUACAGCUCCUCUUCUUCCUCCACCUCGACCAAACUAACGUCCGAUGCCAGCAAGGUGGUUUGUCGUGGCCCCGGGCUGUCGAAGGCUUCAGUGGGCCAGAAAAACAACUUCACUGUUGACUGCAGCAAAGCAGGUACCAACAUGCUCAUGGUGGGUGUGCACGGACCCCGGGCGCCCUGCGAGGAGGUGUAUGUCAAGCAUAUGGGCAACAAGCUCUACAAUGUUACCUACACUGUCAAGGACAAGGGCAACUACACCGUCAUCGUCAAAUGGGGUGACGACAGCGUCCCCGGGAGCCCCUAUAAAGUGGUUGUGCCCUGAAUGAACUGUAUCCAGAUGCAGCCCGUGCCCCUCCACUUCCCAACCCCAACCCACCCACCUACACAAACACAUGCAUAUACCAACCAAAGUCCCCCUAACACUGAUCCCUGCUCUUGAAUGGAUUACAGCAUAGUCAAUAUUCACUAAAACCCGCAAGGACAUCUCCGUAUACUCUUCUGGAAGACAGGAUUGCAAGCAAUAUAAAUUGUGCCAAAGUUUCACAAUAUAUUCACAAUAUAUCCACAUUCAGAGUGAUCUAAGAGGAACCGUGUGGUGUAGAAGUCUUCCAAGUCUUUUUUGUUGAGCGUUUUGACUGGUCCAAAAAGCCACACUUACCCUUUUUCCUUUCCCUUUCUGUUGUGUAGUAAACAAAAGGCUUAAUAUGUGAAUGUUAAGAGAAGCUGCAGUAGUCAACAGUAUUAAAGUGUGAUAUUAUAUGGUUUUGUAUGCUUAAAGAAUGAGAGAAUGACAUUUUUUUGUUAUAUUAACCUAUUUUUGGUAAGUCUUUGCAGACCUAAUAAAGAUUUAACUGGUAACUUGCCAGACUGUGA